CGUGACACACCACUACCAAAGUUACCACGGUUUACGUCUUCCAAUCCAUCCGCUUAAAGUUAUCUGAUCCGCUUCUGCAGACUGCCAAGAGCCAUGGUUUCGGUUUGCUGCCACCCUCCCCAGUACUCAACCUUCCCAAUCUCCGCAGUCCCUGCUAGAUCACCUCUCGGCUGGAUGGCAGCACGUCAACAUGGGCUGGCUAAUAGUUGAGACACGUUGACGUUGACCGCGCGAUCUCUUGCAUUAGCGUGUAAAAAAAAAAAAAAAAAGUUUGAGCAUGGUAAUAAUGCUCUACUUAGCUAUACACUUACACGGAGAUGGAAAGUGGGAAUCAAGGAUACCUACCUUUUGAGAACCAUUGAACAAGGUAUUGUACUUCAGGGUACUUGGCAGACGAUAAUGAUUCACUCACAAAAAGAGCAAUACACUGGUUGACUAGGAUUCUGGCGGAAUAACUCGGUAGACUAGUCAAUUUACUCCAUUUGCUUUGCCAGUACGCCUGCUUGUCCAGGAAGGGGAACGAUCAUAGAUUCUCAUUGCGAAUAAGAAAUUUCCUUUCCAGUACUUUUUUUUUUCGAGUAAUCAAGUACUCUUCCUAAGAAACAUCGAAAAACGCCUCCAAUUGAUGCCCAUUAGAUACUUAAUUCGUACUUGUAGAUUACGUUACACCCCAUUCCUACCUUAGCAAUGGCGACACCCUCUACGAACGAGCCGGUGCUCAAGCUCCCACAUCCGUACCUUACGUCCUACACACUCGUUAAGACGUCGCGCCCCUCAGACUCUACUACUCCUUGGCUCCAAGUGAAACCCCAAGAAGACGCUGCUGGCGAGACAAAAGCAAAAACGAAACCGUUACCAGAACGUCUCGACAACGACACGCUCUUCUUCACCGAGCCCGCGGACCUUAAGUCGAGCGAGCGGCCGGCCGAAUCCAAUAACACACCAUGGGGCCGCGCCCGCCGCUCUCCGAGCUCAACAAUUGCGUGGGACGUCGCGACACCACCCACAUUAGCUCAGGCCUGGCUCGUAAUUUACGUACUAUUCACGGUACGGCCAUCGACAGAAGGGCUCCGGCUCACGCUCGAGGGACCCGGCCGUGAAGCGCUCGUGGCACAACUCAAAGCCGUUCUACUGGCAAUCGACCACCCCACAGCAGCUGGGUUGAGCGACGAGCUGCUCGUCUUGCGCAGCACCUUCUGGCAGGGCGCCGGCUCGCCGUUCGGACCGCGCAGCGUCUGGGUUCCCGACUCCAGCAAUGAUCCUCAAGAUAACGGCAAUUCGUUGCCAAAACCACUCUCCGCCUAUCCCCUAACGCCACUCCAACACGCCAUGACAUCCGAAGCAAGCGGAACACCCGCGUGGCACCCGCGACGACCCGCAAAGCCACGCCCGGGCUCCGUGGUGUACAGCCGAUGGAUCCCUCACCUGCGCGAGAACUUCAGCAUGGUCGCGCUCGACUGGGAGAACCCGGAGCACCUAGAGCUAUUCCAUAACUGGCAAAACGACCCGCGCGUCUCGCAGGGAUGGAAUGAGACAGGUUCCCUUGAGCAGCAUCGCGAGUACCUACGUCGCGCCCACGUCGAUCCCCACCAGAUCACGUUGCUAGCUGCCUUCAACGACACAUUUUUUGCUUACUUUGAAGUGUACUGGGCUAAGGAAGACCGACUUGGCGCGUACUACAGCGCGGGAGAUUUCGAUCGAGGACGACACUCGCUGGUGGGGGAUAUACGAUUCCGUGGUCCGCACCGCGUGACGGCUUGGUGGUCUAGCUUGAUGCAUUAUUUAUUCUUGGACGACCCGCGCACGAUGUACGUUGUUGGCGAACCGAAAUACACCAACAGCUCGGUCCUGGCGUACGAUUUUAUGCACGGCUUCGGACUCGACAAGUUCGUCGACCUACCGCAUAAGCGUUCGGCGUUCGUGCGGUGCUCUCGCGAGCGCUUCUUCCAACUCGCUCCGCUUGGAGAGAGUGAGAAAGCUGUUGGUGGCACUUUGGUCGGAUUGCUCCCUAAGUUGUAAAUUGUAACUUGUAAGAUUUAUGUUGUGGUAGAGAUCUUGUCACGUGGUAUGGCGUCGUGGAAGGAGGAAGAGGGGGGAGGAGAAGAAAAGCCUCGAGCUGAUUAGGUAGGUACGCUUAUCGUUUUUAGGGGGCGUCUAUACCUUAUAUGGAUUUAUCUUAUGUACCCUCUUUCUAUUCCUUCCUAUUUAUUUUGAAGAUUCAUUCAGAUUAUCAU